AGCAGGAAGGUUUAGGAGAAACUGAAACUCAUCUCUCUGGUGGGGGUGGGGUGGAUGGUCACAGGGAGUUUAAAAGGCUCCACUUUCCCUUGGCCCCAGUUCAAGCAGAAUCUUGCCCCUGCGCUCCCUCUCCCAGCCCUUCCCUGCUUGGAUCAUGCAUCUCUUGGAAGCAGAUUCCCCAAGGAGUAGCCCAAGCCACGAGGAAAAAUGCCAGCAGGAUGGGCAGCUGCUGCUGACAGUGGAUCCCGGGAAGAUGGAAAGGCAGCUGAGGCGUCGACAGAAGAACUGUGCGGCAGCCCAGCGCAGCCGGCAGAAGUACACCGAGAAGGCGGACGAAUUACAUCAGCAUGAGCGGCUGGAGAAGGACAACAAGGCUCUUCGGAGGGAGAUCGAGGCCCUGCAGGCGGAGGUGAAAUCCUGGCUCUGGUUCCUAGACGAGCACAAUCAUAUCUGCCCCCUGGAAGGGGAGAAACGUCCGGCUCCCCCGGGGACCCAACCUCCGCCCACCCCCGGCCUCCACGGACCACCCGGGACCCGGCCGCUGCAGCCUUCUUCACGCCCGUCUCCCUCUCCCGCCUCCUCCGCUCCGGCCCAGGCUCCGCCGGCGGCUCGGGCUCCUGGUCCGGCCCCCGACCCUUCCGAGCUCUUCGCCCCCUGCACCAUUUCCACCCCUCCGGCCCCUCUCUCUCUCGUUCCGCGCCCCUCCAGGCCCGCCCCGUCCACCGUCCCAUCGCCUCCCCUGCCUUCCCCGGCUCUCACCCCUCACCUGUUGGCCUCUGGGGCGCCGCCAACCCCGGCCUGUCCUUCGGGAAAUGCCGGAGACUUUGGGGAGAGGGGCAUGUGGGCCUGCCCCCUCAGCCGCCCUCCCACCCUGGGGCUGGCGGACCUGCGCGUCACCGAGCUGGGGGGCUCUCCCGCUUCUCCCCAGACCGAAUGGAGAGGUCUGGGCCUAGGAUUCGGGCCUCAUCCGCGUGCCCCCUGCCCGCUCCUCUCUUUCCCUGACAUGUGACCCCGACGGUACCCUCUCCCGCCCGGAUGCUGUCGCAUCUCUCACCUGAGGCCUGAUUCCCAUCCUCCCUGCGGUCACAUGACUGGGCAGCCCAGGGCCUUUCAUUUUCGGGAUAGCUGCCCCUCGCCGGCGGCCGGCUCGUUUCCCCAGCAGGCCUCUCUCGGGCCCAGUUGGAGCCGAAGACGAGAAGGCUCUUGAAAAGCAGUGGAAGAGUCACCGCCUCGCUCAGCUGGGAGACCAGGACGCCUUGCCCGCUCGGAAGGGAAACGCCCCCAGUGCCCCGUCCCAAGGGAGAGCACCGGGGGGCACCGACACCCCAAAGUCAGACCGCGCCGUACGGCUUCAAACCCAAAGGAGGAGUUCGCUUGGUGCUUGGUAGACUCAAAUGAGAAAGCCAGAGCUUAUUGUAAUAUGGAAUUUAGGGGAUUUGAGGGUCUGAAACCAUCGGCCUCUCCCCCGGGGCUGGGCCGACUCCCCUCCCCCCAUCUCAGGUUCCCCCUCUUUUUUUUUUAAAUGGUAUUUGUUAAGCGCUUACUAUGCGUCGAACACUGUUCUUAGUGCCGCGGCAGGUCCAAGUUAAGUAGGUCGGACGCAAUCCCUGUCCCUCAUGGGGCUCUCGGUCUACGUCGGCGGGAGUACUGGAGGCACAGUUAAAUGACUUGCCCAAGUUCACCCAGCAAGCAAUUGCCAGAGGUGGGAUUUGAUUCCCAGGCCCGUACCCUCUCCUCUAGGCCGUGCUGCCCCUCUUUGACUCUCCCGGGAAAGGGGACGGACAUUGCCGCAAUCUUCACUCUCCCCACGGCCACCGCAACGUCUCCUCCCUCUGCCGGACAGCGGCGGGGGGUGACCGGGGGAGGCGUGGACCGGGGUGAAGUCCUCCCCUCCUCCCAUCUGCCUCCGGAUCCGCACGUCUCCUUCCUGCCCCAAUAGAACCGCAGCGGGAGGUGGAUCCUGGAAACUUCAUGUCGAAGAGGGGCCGCUCACAGCAAGGUUGUGUCGCAUCAGUGGCCUGGGGCUACCCCGGCCACAAGAUGAGAUGAUGCGGCCGGAGGACUUGGUGGGGGCCUGAAAUUCUCGAGGGGAGGAGCCGACGGGAAGAGGAGGAAGCCUGGGGGAAGGAGAUGAAGGGAGGGAAGGGAAAAACUCUCUUUCUACAGACUGAGAACCGGAGGCAAAUGGAGGCCAAACCCUUCCUGACUGUUCAUCUUGGUUCCCUUUCCCUCCUCCAGGCCUCUUGUUUCCCCGCCCCGCCUCAGAGACGACUCGUCUCUUGGGCUGAGGGGAGAAGCAGCCUUCUGGGAGGAAGAGCGUUGGCUCUAUUCCUCUCCCCCUCCUAAAAACAGUCGGAUGCCAGCCCCUGCCUCCGUCCAGAAGCAAUGUGGCCUUGUGACUAGAGUACCGGCCUGGGAGUCGGAAGGACCUGGGUUCUAAUCCUCGC